GCGAGAGAACGGCAUCCGCGUGGGUCAUGCAGCCCCUCCCGCUUGGCUGAAAGCCUUCGCGACCCCCAUCAACAGCCUCAUCGGUCGAGACCUUUGCGGUGAGUUCCAGCUGACAACCGGCAUCGGCUUGAUCCUGGACACUGCACCACCCGGGCCGCUGUUGGGGGAG